ACUAAAUUUCAGUUGCAAUUAAACAGUCAGACUCUAUACAACACCCAACUUAAAGUGGAUAUUUUUCUGCUCGAGUCAAUAAAUCAAUUUUUGAAGUAGACGUUCAACAUUACGAUAAUUUGAAAAGUGACAAGUUACCGACGACGCAAGUGAAAAUGUUGAAAUCAAUUUCCCUGUUUGUUAUUCUCAUUUCGAUAAAUAACAUUGUACGAGCGACACCAGUCGCCAGCACUGACAUAGAUAAUGCUUUCACAAUACCUCUGCCCAGAAUUUGCAUAGACUCGAAACGUGAAAUUUAUUCAAAUUUAAUCAAAAAUUCCAACCAAAACUUUAUACGAGCCUAUCAAACCUACAUGCCAAGGGAAUGCAAUUAUUCACAUGAAGUCGUCCGAAUUGUGGAGGCGUACCGAAAUGCUGCAAAUUACGUGGUCAUUUUCCUAAACAAACGAGGCGCCACAGAUGAACAGUUCAACGAGGUUGUUGAACUGUACGAUCUGGCACUGAUUCAAUUUAAUGAAGCGAUUCGAACAUUGACGGUAGGAAGGCGCCUGACACGUGUGUGUUACAAUUCAUUGAUGCUAAUCAAAGGGGCUGUCACUACAACUGGAGAAGGACUUGUGACUGGUACUAUUGCUACAUACAACACAAAAUGUGCAUCCGAUCGCAUUCACAACACUCUGAUUCAUAAACCGAUUCAAUUUAUUUCGAAUUAUCUGAACUGAUUGCUCAAUACGAGAUUGAAGAAUUGGGAAAAGAAUUAAAAUCUUGUUCUAAAAGGACGAGCGUGUAACUUUACUUUAAAGAUUUUUU